CCCAAACCUUGACAGUGCACUCAGUAAUUGGAUGAUUUUGUUGUGGAGUCUGUUAGCUAAAGAGCUGAGCCAAAGAAAUCCAAAACAGCUAUUACCCGAGAAGCUGACAGCAAUGGCCUGCCCUCAGCUAUGUCUACUAGAACCCUUUAAGGCUGCCUGUGGAAAAGUUGGCCACUGUCGAAGAUUUCAGCAACUCAAAAAGAAAAAUGGCUCAUUCAAAAGGAAAGGGAUUGAAAGAUGGCAUAGAGCUGUGUCUACCAACUUAGUAAAACAAAAUGUAUUGAUCCCCAAGGAGGAAUCAUCCAGUGAUAGUGACAUGGGGCUUCAUCAAAGCCAGCAAAAUCAGAAAAAAACAUUGAUGAAGAGAAUGAAGACUACUUUGGGGAGGAUGUUCCCAUACAAAUGCAGAUACAAGUCAGCAAGUGCCAGCAAAGAGGGCUCCACUUACCACAGAGAAGCCCUCCUUUCAAAUACACAGAGCCUUCUUCCUCGGAUUGUCAAGGAGCUUCCAUCUCCCAAGUUAUUUACCAAACCCAAAAUGAGAAAGCUCUCAGAGAAUGCGACUAUACAACUUGAUGUUGUAGAGGCAGAGACAGAGGAGAUAACCCAAGGAAAUACACUCCUCCGGGCCAGGAGAACUACCAAGCGGUUAUCCGUGACAUCUCUUCCUUCAGGACUGCAAAAGGUUCCAUACUCAUCAAAAAAGAGGCCACACUUUCCAGCACUUAAAAAAAAGAAACAUGGUAUGGAAAGCAUCCUCCGAAAAUCAGACUUGACAGUAGGAAACCUUCAAAUGCAGGUGGAUGACCUCAUAGAAACAGUGACUGACAAAUCCAUGAAGCUGUUGGCCCAAAGACAUGCAGAGCUUCAACAGUGUGAGUUUCUAGGGGAUGAAAUUCUUCAGUCCUCUAAGCAGUUCCAGAGGAUAUCCAAGAGAACCAUGAGGAAGUAUAAAUUGAAAAAUGUAUGUUUCCCAUGGACCUGUUGCUGCUUCUGA